GCACUCCAUGGAAACGCGCUCGUUGAUUAUCAUCAAGGCGAUAAGGCCACGGCGAAGUGGCUGCUAUUUUUCUGUAAAAUUUGUAAUAUCUUGAAACGAAAAUGACAUCGAGAGAAGAUACCAAAUCGUACCUGUCCAGGAAUGAGAUACCUCAACUUUUUGAGAGUCUGAUGACAGGGCUGAUGUACCACAAACCGGAGAACCAUGUUGAGUACAUGUUGAACUGUCUUAAGAAGGUACAAGGCGAGCCGGAAAAGACCAACUCGGUCAAAUGGAACACCUUCGUUGAAAACGUCAAGCGGUCCAGUCCUCUGCCUCCCAUCCAGCCUGACAAUGGGGAGAGACAGCCCACCUUCACCACAGAACCAAGUCUUGCUGAUAUGAAGCGAUUAAGUCCACUGCCUCCAAUUUCUCCCAAACCAAAUCUAUCCCAUGUGCGCAUUAUUCUUGUCAUUGGUGGCCCUGGUAGUGGGAAGGGCACUCAAUGCGCCAAGAUCGCUGAGCGUUACCAAGGUUACAUCUAUCUAUCGCUAGGGACGGCGCUGAGGAGGAAGGUUGCUAAGUUUAUGGAAGACGAUUCGUGGAAUAGUGUAGCUGAUCUCAUCAAGACGGGAGGCCUUGUCAAAGAUGACAAUACUUUUGAGAUCUUACAACACAAGAUUGAGAAGAAAUUGAAGAAAUACCCAACAACGCUUGGUUUCAUCAUUGAGGGAUUUCCAAGGACCAUGUCACAAGCUAAACUAUUUCAGGAGAAGUUUGGGUCCCCUGACCUUGUCAUCUCAUUGGACUGUGAUGAAGUGCGUCUUAAGUACCGUCUUGAGAAGAGAAAAGAGACCAGCGAGAGGGUUGACGAUAAAGAAGAUGGUGCGGUUGCCAAGCGACUGGAAGCUUUUAGAGAGCAGACGUUGCCUGUUGUCACUCAUUACAAAGCCAAGGAAGGCCUUCUCAGAAGAAUAAAUGCAGAUCGAGAUGAAGAUGAAGUUUUCUUCGAUAUCGCCAAUAUGAUCGACAGUCUCUUCUUCUCGCCUAAGACUCCAGCACCACCAGGUACAGCAGGUAGAGGUGGGAAAUCAAGUCCCCUCCCUCCAAUCAAAACACAGAAAGAAGAUCAAACAAAUCAAGAACAAUCACAAGCAGAGGCUGAAAAGGAAGCAUUGGCUGAAGAAGCACUUGAAUUACUAAACAGUGAAGUUGCUGUGGAUUUGGUUGUUGAGCCAUCUGUUGAGAAAGUGGAUUCAAAUGCACCCGCAGGAGGCGAAGUGGUAGAAGAAUCAAUAGUUGCAGAACAAACUCCAGUGACCGGAGGUGAUGAUAGUACACUGCCCUCUUCACAAGAAACAAGCCAAGAAAGCAAGCUAAAAGACACCAAGAUCAUUUUUGUCGUAGGUGGACCGGGCUCGGGCAAGGGCACUCAAUGUGCAAAUAUCGUUUCCAACUAUGGCUUCACUCACCUGUCCAGCGGUGACCUCCUGAGGGCAGAGGUUGCGUCAGGGUCAGAUCGGGGGAAAGAGCUUACUGAGAUCAUGGAGAAAGGAGAGCUUGUUCCAUUGGAUGUUGUACUAGCAAUGCUGAAGGAGAAGAUGAUGGCUUGUGCUGAGACAUCGACCGGUUUUCUGAUUGAUGGAUACCCAAGAGAAGUUGAACAAGGAGCAGAGUUUGAAAAACAGAUAUCCGAGUGCACUUUCACGCUGUACUUCGAGGUAUCCGAUGAGACGAUGACAGAGAGGUUACUGAAUCGAGCAAAGACCAGCGGACGAGUUGACGACAACGAAGAAACCAUUAAGAAGAGACUCGCUACAUUCCAUGAAUUGACCAAACCAGUCAUUGAUUGCUAUGCAGAGAAGGGCAAACUAAAGAAGGUCUCUGCUGAAGCUGGUCCAGAGGAAGUCUUCUGCCUGGUGAAGGAGGUCUUUGACGGGUGCGGUUUCAAGGUGCAAGUUGCACCCCAGACUUCUGAAGAGUCUGUGCCUACAGAGGGUGCCGGUGAGGCAACGGAAGCACCGGCUGAAGCACCUGCACCAUCUGAUCCACCAGCAGAGCAGCAGGCAGCGGAAGCAACAGCUGAGGCUCCGGCUGAAGCUCCUGCCGAAGCUCCAGCUGAGGCAUCUGCAGAUGCUCCAGCUGAGGCACCCGCAGAGGCACCAGCAACCGAAGAAGCACCUGCAGAGGCACCAACAGAAGAGGCUGCACCUGCUGAUGGUGCAGCAGAGGCUGAGAAGAAGGAGGAGGAAAAGGCUCCUGCUCCUAAGGACUUCUUCUUUGUAUCUGGUGCCCCCGGUACAGGAAAGAAAGUAGUAGCCAAGGCCCUGGCCGAAAAGCUGAAUUUCAAGCAUAUCUCGACAGCCGGUAUCCUCUCAGAAAGAUCCAACCUUGAUCAAGGAGUGACCGAAGCCAUUCUUGCUGCUCUAGCUCAAGGCUCACUGGUUGCUACAUCCAUUCUCAUUGAUGUCCUUAAGGUGAUGGUGGCAGCUAACAGUGAUGCUACAGGGUUUGUCCUUGAUGGCUUCCCGAAGACCAUGGAGCAGGUCGUCGCCUUUGAUGAAUCGGAGAUUGGGCGGGUGACAGGCUUCAUCCAGCUGGAUGGAACGCGGCAGGAGGCUGAGGAGAGUCUGAAGGAGAAGAAGGAGGCCGGAGAGAGGGGAGAAGAGACGGAGGAGGUGGCCAAGAACAAGAUGGACGCCUUUGAGAAGGAAGCCCCUGCCGUCGUGGAACAUUUCGAGAAGAACAACAAGCUUAAGAAGGUUUCGUUUAAAGAGGCUGCCAAUGAUAUGUCGACCCUCCUUGACUCUGUGUCUGCCUUCAGUGGGGUUUGAGCCUCGAUCAUCCCUCUAUCACCCUCCAUAUUUCAUUUUUCAUCAGAUCAGCAAGUUUCUUAAUUUGUAGAAAUGAAUAGUAUAAAUGCAAGUGAAAAUUUUGUUUCUAAACGAAAAUAAAUCGACAUGAAUUGUCACAGUUACAAAUGGACCAUUUGCCUUUUAAAAAUGUAGGUCUUUAUCGCAGUUUACCACUCUUUGCCAUUGUCAUUUUAAAAGGUCAGAGGUCAUCUAUCAACUACUGCAGGGAUAUGUGUUAUGAGAGAGGCUGCUUUUACAGUUUUUUGUUGUUUUGUACUGAGCAUAUGUUUUUUUUUUUAAACAUAAAUUAACAUUUUUUUGCACUUUUUCUUGGUCAACAAUCUGGUAGAAUAUCAAAGCUCUAAAUCUGCACCAAGCAAUAGAGAACUCCAUUUUAUCUGACAUGUUCAAGAUGGUAACCAGUUCGUUUUUCUGCUGAUUGAAAUAUUUUGAUCGGCAUAAAAUCAACUACCUAAAGUUCCAAGAUUGUCAAGCGAUAUACUGAUUGAAAAAUAUAUUUUUAUCAGUCUCGUUUUUCAUUUGACCAAAUGAUACAAGUUAUAAAUUACUUUUACAUGUCAUGGACAAAAGAACAAAUCAAUAAAUCUAAUGUAAUGCUGAUCAGGGGUAAUGACAGCGUGAUAAACACCUUUAGUAGCAUAUACCCCCUCCCCAUAUAGCACUCCAUACAAAUAUCAAACAUAGAUGCUCAUCAAUUAGAUGUCAUAUAAGUAUAAAGAAUAAUAAACACAGUGAAUUUUAUGUGUUUGUUUAAUUCUGAUAUUUCCAGGAGCAUUGAUAAAAGAAUUUAUUUCAAUGAAGAGAUGACUUUAGUGAUAUACUUGUAAACUGUUCAAUUGAAAACAAUGAAAAGACAAUUUAAUUAUUUAUGGUAGACUUUUGAUGUAUAUGAGUUACUCAGAGUAUGUUUAUUGUUGUGACUUGAACAAUCUUUUUGUGAAGGUGUACAAAUCGUAUUUGUGUUAUACUUUUCAGAAUUAUUGAACUUAUUUUUUUCUAUCUUUGAGUAAAAAAAGGAGCAUGUAAAUAUUCAAUGCAAGUUUUGCAUAUGGUAUAUAUAUUUUUUUUUUGAUGAGAUGCCUCUUAAAGAGGGAAUAUGUAAUACAUGUAUGAUCAUUAAAUUUACAAAUGGAAUUAGGUAAUAUUGCACUUUGAUUUUCACAUGAACCUGAAUGUUUUCAGGGUUUCCCCUUUCGAAGCUUGGAGUUUUGGAGAGAUUUAUUUUUAUGUAAUUUCUUGACAACCUCCAUAGACUGAUGUCUAAUAAAUAUAUCCAUGCAAAGGGUUACGAAACAUAUGUACUUUAAUGUGUGAAACAUGGAACACUUCAACCAUCUGGGGUAGCAAAGCAAAUCGUGAUUACUUUUGAAAAUUAAUGUCAGUUUUAUGACAAAAUUUACAUUUUGCACUUGAAAUAAUUCUACAUUCAUGGCUUGGCUUACAGACCCUUUUCAAAACUGCAUCAAAUGUAUUGUUAUUUAACUCUUGAAAUCAUUUUAUAAUCAUUCAUGUGGUUUAAUACAGACCCUUUUAAAAAGUGCAUCAAAUAUAUAGUACUAUUGUUAUUUGUAAAAAAAAAAUUCUUUGCUAUUUGUGUUAAGAUGUUGUGUGUUGAUGUGAAUAUCCUUUGCUCAUUUGUGAAUGAAGAAAAUGUAAUCAUAGAUCUAUGUAAAUUGUUGGUCAAAACCGUCCUCUAUAUAAUAUAUGUGAAUAUAAGUGUAUUGCUUGUAUGUGUUGCAGAAAUAGCUAUGCGAGACCAUAUGGUGUCAUCUAUUGUAUAAAGUAUUUUUUUGUCACAAGAUUAUUUUGCUAUAGAAAAGUGUUACUUUUGGUUUGUUAGGUCGAGUGAAUAUCCACAUUCUUUUGAUUGUGUGUCUAAUAGUACAACUUUCCAUCCAAAUCCAUUGCUGCCUACAAAAAUUGUUGUUUUCUAAUGAACUGACAGAUUCGUGUGUGAGCAUUCUUCAUCAUGUUUGUGUGUGUAUUUUGUAAAUCUGUAUAUUACCCAGAAACAAAAAAAAUCAAAUUUACUACCGGUACAAUAAUGUUGGAAUAAAAAAUGAAAUAGUAGGGAUUAAUGUGUGGGCUAAGAUGCUUUGUGAUUUAAUUACCCGACUUUUUUUUUUUCUUUAAUCAAAUGAUGUCUGAUCUGCCCCCGAACCCGUGUUUUCUCUAUAUGUGUAUAUAUAGUAUGUAAUAUAAUUAUGUAAUUGCAAUUAAUCAUAAAAGAUUAAUAUGAAUGUGGAUUUGAACUGCAAAAGCAAUAACACAUUCUAGGAAAUAAUACUUUCUAGGAAUUUCAUGCAACAAAACAAUCAAAUAAUACUAUGUUGUGAUAAACAGCAAUUGUGUCAUUUAAUCUGAAACAGCUGUACCAAAAAUAUUCAUUAUCCUCGGCCGGAUAAUAUCUUGAGCCUUCAAGUUACUCAUUCUCAUAUUUACCAGCUUUUGUAGACUUAUAUGGCUGUCAUCAAGCCUAGAAAUGCCUUUGAAAUAAAUGAGUCUGAUUGACUUAGGUAUAUAUUCUCGUCAUUUAUCCAGCUUAGAUCUGCAAUAAUUCACUUGCGUGAAGCAGAAAUCCCUGUUGGAGCAAUAUUUGCCUCUUAAUUAUUAACAUACUAACAUAUAAAUCUAAUGUGAAAAAUUUAGAGUUUGGAGCAGCUUUAAACACACUUUUCAUAGACAGAGAUAUAAAAACCAUUAGUUCAAGAACUUGAAUUUGUUCCAAUCAUGCUGUUGUCAACUUUUAUUUUUAGUGCAUAAACAAGCAUUAAUUAAUUUUCAAACGGGCCAUAACCACUAUAACUUGAGAGAAAUGUUUUUGUUUAAAAUUUCUUAUAUAUACAGUUAUCUAGAAAAAACAAAAGAAUCAACUUUUUUCUAUUGCUCUCAAUUCUGACUAGUAAUUUUGAACAACAAUGUUAAAAAAACCCCAAAUAAAUCAAUUUGAUCAAGAAUAAAUAUUGAAGGCUGUAGAUUAAUGUUAAUGUUACUGAAUUAUUUUUUUGACAAAUGAAUUAUUCUGCUGCAAGUUUUUCAUGUGACCAUAUUUCAAAAUUUUUGUUGAAAAUUUAAUUUCAUUGACUAAUGUGAUAUAUGACUUUGUGUAGAAAAUAAAGGAAAAGUUAUUCUUUUCUCUCAAUUAUUCAAUGCACAUUGAUAAAAUCAUUCAUUUGUAUAAUUUGAACCAAUUUCUGCAUGAUCCCCCAAGUACUCAUCUUCUCUCUUAACUAAGGUAGUAUAUACACAUUUUCAAAUCUCAGGAGUAUAUUUUUAUUAUUAUAGUCUGUUUAGUAGAUCUAAAGUAGAGCGUCACUAUACAAGUAAUGUAUCUGCAUGUAACAGGUCAUAAUUCAUUCCAUGCCCACACAAGUAUGUACCAUCUUUAAAAUAUUUUGAAAUUUAAAUAGAUUAUAAAUAAUCAUUCACACUGCCUGAUCAUCUGAAAUUGAAUUUAUUUUCAUUUUGAGAUUAAAACUUGAUAUAAGAUUACCGGUAAUAAGAAAACAACAGCUGCUAUACACAUAUCUUUAUGUUGUAUAAUGUCAGAUUGUAUAUAUAUAGUAGUUUAAUAAACUAUAAAUUUAGGGACUAUUUCAUAUAGAUCAAAUCAAAGUAUCAUAUUACUAUAAUAGAUUUUUCAUUUUUUAAUGUGAAUAUUUUUUGUAAAAAGAUUAAUUGUGGAACAAAGUUGCUUAUUACAAAUAUUGCACACUGUUUACUCUGAAAUUGUAACAAUUAAGAUAGAAUACUGACUGUCUCUCAUAAUUAUGUAGACUUAACAAAACAUAGCUCUAACAAAUAAUAAGGAUUCUUUCUAUUUUUGUAUAUUUAUUCAACUGUCAGUUUUUGCAAAGUGUGGCACUUGAAAUAUUAAAAGAAAUUUAUUAAUAACUAUGAAA